ACAGAAUACCCAAGUCUAUCUCAGCUCCCUCUUUGUGUUAUACUUAACAAGAAAAAUAAAAGAGGGAAAUAUGGCACCUGCAGUCACAGAAACCGUGGCUCAAGUCACCGAAAAUCCCAAGCAAAAGCCCGUUGCGAGCUUGAAAGAGCAAGUCCAGCCGAAUCUGGAGACCGGACAUCGUGAACCAUUGAAGCUGAGCGGUGCCCUCGAUCAGUUCAAACAAUUCGAGGUCACUCCAGUUAUCGGAAAAGAAUUUGUGGACGUUGAUCUGGCAGAAUGGCUGAGAGCGCCUAACUCAGACGAGCUGCUUAGAGAUCUGGCGAUUACUGUAUCUCAAAGAGGUGUUGUUUUCUUUCGGAAACAAGACAAUAUUACAAACGACCUCCAAAAAGAACUUGUGCAGCGCCUUGGCGAGCUGUCCGGAAAGCCAGCGACCUCCGGGUUGCAUAUUCACCCCGUUAACAAUGGCGCCCGGGACCAUGGUAUAGAAGACAACGAAAUCAGUGUCAUCUCUUCUGAACAAGCCAAAAAGAUUUAUGCCGACCGAUUCUUAAAAACUAAUAAGCGUCAGAGUCAGAAGUCUCAAUGGCACUCUGAUAUCACAUUUGAGCCCAUCCCAAGUGAUUACGCUCUAUUGAGGUUAACAGAGUUGCCCACAACUGGCGGAGAUACACUAUGGGCAUCUGGAUAUGAGCUCUAUGAUCGCAUCUCUAAGCCGCUGCAGGGGUUCCUGGAUGGUUUAACUGCCUACUACGCACAGCCGGGGUUUAAAGAGGCAGCUGACCACAACGGAUUUUCUCUAUUUUCCACCCCUCGGGGAGCUCCCGAAAACAUCGGCGACGUUCUAGAAGCUAUUCAUCCCGUGAUCCGUACCAAUCCUGUUACUGGGUGGAAGAGCGUCUUUGCCGUGGGCCACCAUGUUCAGCGUAUCCAUGGCUUGUCAGAAGAUGAAUCAAAACAUUUCCUCGACUGGUUUGUUCGACUAAUCGUUGAGAACCAUGAUCUACAAGUUCGCAAUCGUUGGCAAAAUGUGAAUGAUCUGGCAAUUUGGGAUAACCGUAGUGUGUACCACGCUGCUACGCCAGAUUACAUCAAUCAAGGGCUUGGUGAGCGGACUGGAUCAAGGUCUGUGAGCUUAGGUGAGAAGCCUUACUUUGACCCUCAGAGUUUGAGUCGUCGGGAAGCGAUUGCACUUGGAAAAUAGUAAGAAACACAGUCAUGCGGCAGCGACCGGCAGCUUAUGGGAGCCAUAGCAAGUGUAUGAGAGAUUUACAUAAAUACAUCAAUAAAGUCCGAUGUAUCAAUUCGAUAUAUGAUCUUGCACGC